CGGCAAAGGAAGGUCGAAACCAGUCUGGAUGCCGCCAAGGGAACGGCUGAGUUGCUGAGGCAGCUGGUCACCUCCUCCAGGCUCUCGGAUCCCCAAAGCCUUCUAGACGAGGUCAAACGUGUGGGCCUGACCCUGCAGGCCGCGCAGCCAACAGAGCUGGUCAUCGGGAACAUUGCGCGGCGUGUCCUGCACAUCAUUCGCGAGGAAGUAGAGGCUGAUGAGGAGGGGCAAGACGAGGACCUCGAAGUGGACCAUGCCCAGAAAGAGAGCGCCCCAGCCAUGGGAGGCCUCUCCCGGGCCUUCAGACUCUCAGGUGGACAUGGGCCUGCCACAAAACUUGAUGCCUCCCGUCACCAGGACUCGCCCAAAAAGAAGAGCCAGCCAGUCACCUUCUGGGCACGGAAACAGGAGGUUAUAGAUGGUGUCAAUGAUCUGAUAGAGGAACUCAAAGACAUUGACUCAUCCAUUGCCAACCAGGCAGUGGAGCAUAUCCAUGCAAAUGAGGUCAUCUUGACCUUUGGAUACUCAAGGACUGUGUUGCAGUUUCUGAAACGCGCUCGUGAGAAGCGUUUCUUCCAGGCUGUCGUUGCAGAGGCUGCUCCUACAUACGAGGGUCAGCGAAUGGCGCGAGAGCUGGCAGCAUUAGGGAUCCAGACCACUGCCAUCUCAGAUUCAGCAAUCUAUGCCAUGAUGGCUCGUGUGAACAAGGUGGUCGUGACCGCUCAUGCUUUGCUGGCCGAUGGGGGCAUCAUGGCGCCAAUUGGCAUGCACCUGGUGGCAAUGGCGGCCAAGCACCAUGCCGUCCCCUUCGUGGUUCUGGUGGGGAUUUACAAGCUGACACCCCUGUUUGCACAUGAGCCCGGACUCAAUUUCAACGAGCUGAAGUCUCCUGCGAGCAUUCUACCUUACAACGACGAGGCGUUGCUUGCAGCAGAUAGUAGCUCCUGCCUGGAUGCUGAAUCUGGGCUUGAGUUUGAUGUGGAUGACUCGGUGAGCACAUCGCAUCCAUACCUUCAAGUUCACAACCCCUCCUUCGACUACGUUCCGCCUGCGCUGAUCUCCUUGUUCAUCACUGAUCAAGGACACGGCUUCAUGCCAAGCUAUGUGUACAGACAGCUGUACGAGUGGUAUCAUAAAUCGGAUUGGUGA